UUUCAGUUCUCUUCAAUUCUUCUUUGAAAGCUCCAUUCCAAAACGCUGCCGUUUUUCUCUGGUGAAAUGGGGAAUAGUUUAAGGCAUUGUUUGGGUUGUGUUCUUCCCUGUGGCGCUUUGGACUUGAUCAGAGUGGUUCAUCUCAACGGCCAUGUCCAAGAAUUCUCUCCGCCCAUCGCCGCCGCCGAGAUCCUAGAUGCCAAUCCUGGACACGUUCUCACCACUCCCUCCGACGACCACCACCACCUCGUCCGUCAUGUUACCAUUCUCUCCCCCGAAUCUCACCUCCGUCGUGGCGGCAUUUAUUUCUUGAUUCCGGCUAGCUCCGACCACCGGAAGGCUGCCAAAAAUCCCUCCUCCGCCACCUCCAGCGACGCGGUUUUCCCAGAACCCAACGAUCUCACCCACCGGAUGGAGGAUGUCAUCGUCUUCAAGAAGGCUAAACCCGGCCGCCGAGAUCGUCGGAGCAGCCGUGCCGGCAGCGGCGCGUGGCGGCCUCAUCUACUGAGCAUUAAUGAAGAUUAAUUAAACCCCCAAAAUACCCUUCUCUUAUCGACAUCGAAUUUUUUUAAAAAUAUGUAUGUCGUAAUUCUUAUGAUCUUGUCCUUUUUUAAAAACUUUGGCGGCGGCCGAUGAACAGAAAUGGGAACUGUGAAGAUCGU